AUGGAGGAAAACCACCAAGUCCUAGUCAAACUCCUUGAUGGUAAACACAAAACCCUAAACUUCGCAACCCCAUCAAUCUCAGUCUCCUCUCUCAAAGCUCGCAUUCACGGGUUGACCUCAAUCCCAAUACACAGCCAACUUCUCCUCUCCGGUAAUCACCGCCUCAACGACGACGAAACCCUUAUUUCCGAUGGGUUCGACGGCAAAUUUCCUUUGGUUAUCCACCUCCUCCUCCGCCUCCGCGGCGGCAAGGGUGGGUUCGGAUCGCUUCUGCGAGGGGCGGCGACGAAGGCCGGGCAGAAGAAGACGAAUAAUUUUGAUGCGUGUCGCGAUAUGAGUGGACGGAGGCUGAGGCAUGUGAACGCGGAGAAGAAAUUGGAGGAGUGGAGGGCGGAGGAGGAGGAGAGGAAGAUGGAGAAGAUGGCGGAGAAUUGGAUUAAGAAGAAGGCGAAGGCUGUGAAGAAGGGUGGGAGUUCUGGGGAUGCGGAGAAGUACGUAGAGAAGUACAGGGAGGAUUCGGCUAAGUGUGUUGAGGUGGUGGAGAGGUCGGUCAGGGAAUCUUUCAAAGGUUCAGUGAAUUCGAAAAGGAAAGCUGGGAAGCUAAUGGAUCUGAAGCGAAAAAAUUUAAGAUAUGUGGAUGAUAAGAAGUGGAUUACUUGCUGGGACUGGGAGAGCAAUGACUAA